UCUCCGCACCGCUGAAUUGGCCACUAUCGUUUCUUCAUUUUUCUCUGUUUCAGAAUCUUCUUCUUCUUGCUUUGCUUUUUAUUUUCUUCUUUAUUCUGCGUUUGUGUGUCACCAACCCCUUUUCUCGCCCAUUUGCUCCCCAAUGCCUCCUACAAGUCUUGCUUCAAUGGCCGUACCGUCGCUUCCUCUCUCUUCUGCCGAUCACCCUACGGCUUCGUGCGUUAAUUUGAGUUCUUCCAAGUUUCAAUCCAGCAUUUUCGUUGCUCAUGUUUCAAGCGGAUCAUCUUCCUUCCAGCUUCGUACACCCCACAAUAUUCAACCUAUUAAAGCUACAGCUACUGAAAUACCUCCCGCAGUUUGUAAAUCGAGCAGCGGUGGAAAGACGAAGAUCGGAAUCAAUGGUUUUGGACGCAUUGGAAGAUUGGUGUUACGAAUUGCAACCUUGAGGGAUGAUAUUGAUGUAGUUGCAGUUAAUGACCCUUUUGUUGAUGCAAAGUACAUGGCAUACAUGUUCAAAUUUGAUUCUACACAUGGUAAUUUUAAUGGUACAAUUAACGUUGUGGAUGAUUCAACUUUGGAAAUCAAUGGGAAACAAAUAAAAGUUUCAAGUAAAAGGGAUCCGGCAGAAAUUCCUUGGGGUCAAUUUGGGGUCGAGUUUGUUGUUGAAUCCUCUGGGAUUUUCACGACGACAAAUAAGGCAUCAGCGCACUUGAAGGGUGGAGCCAGGAAAGUUGUCAUAUCAGCUCCAUCAGCUGAUGCACCUAUGUUCGUUGUUGGAGUUAAUGAGAUGACAUAUAAGCCAGACAUGGAUAUUGUUUCAAAUGCAAGCUGUACCACGAAUUGUCUUGCUCCUAUUGCGAAGGUGGUUCAUGAGGUUUUUGGUAUCGCAGAAGGUUUGAUGACAACCGUGCAUGCAACCACAGCUACUCAAAAGACUGUUGAUGGUCCCUCAAUGAAGGAUUGGCGUGGGGGUCGAGGAGCUUCCCAAAAUAUCAUUCCGAGCUCUACUGGUGCUGCGAAGGCCGUGGGAAAGGUUCUUCCUGAGCUCAACGGAAAACUUACAGGCAUGGCAUUUCGUGUUCCAACACCUAAUGUAUCCGUUGUGGACUUGACUUGUAGACUAGAGAGGAGUGCUUCUUAUGAAGAUGUAAAAGCUGCAAUCAAGUAUGCCUCAGAAGGCCCACUCAAGGGUAUCAUUGGUUACACGGAUGAGGACGUUGUCUCCAAUGAUUUUGUUGGUGAUUCAAGGUCCAGCAUAUUCGAUGCAAAGGCCGGAAUAGGUCUCAGCCACUCCUUCAUGAAGCUUAUCUCCUGGUAUGACAACGAGUGGGGAUACAGCAAUCGAGUGCUGGACCUCAUUGAGCACAUGGCAUUGGUGGCUGCCAACGCGUGAAGACAUUUGAACUUCUGCGAUGUUAAAGUUUUUUUAUUUUUAUUUUUAUUUUUUAUUGUUCUAUUCUCCAGAAUAUUGCAUUAGAGUUUGAAAAUAAUGACGAAAAAAAUAGUUUAGAUGGUUGCAAUAAAACGCAAUAUGUUAGCAGAAAGUGGAAUAUAUUUUGAAGACUGGGACG